AUGGGAUCUUUACCACUUAACCCUGAUGUCCUCGUCGUCGGCGCAGGUCCUGUAGGGCUGUUUGCUGCCUUGCGUCUGGCCAAAGCAGGUGUGAGCGUCACCAUACUCGAGAAAGACAGCGGUCUCUCCCAGCUUCCUCGGGCUUGUAUGUUUUACCCUCAACCUCAGUUCGCUUUGGCAGAAGCCGGCAUUUGGGAGGCCAUCAUCAAGGGCGGCGGGUUCCGAAGCACCGGCCUUGACAUCCGUCUACCUCCCAUUUCUGACGAGGAAGGCGGGAAGAAACCUGGAAAAGUUGUUGGGUCAUUUCCGAAAGAUCCAAGGCAUGACCCAACUGGCCCGCCAGUCAGACCCCCAGCAAUCAGCAUGCUUAACAUGGCGCAACCUGAGCUCACCAAAGUCUUGAUGGAAAAGGCGACUGAGACAGGACGGGUUCAAGUCCUGUUCAACAAAGAGCUGGUUUCGAUCAUCAACGAUGGUGCCGACGGAUCCGAAACCGUUACGAUAGCAGUCAAAGAUCUCAAUACUGGACAAACCGAGGAGCACUGUGCUUCAUUUCUUGUGGGUUCAGAUGGAGGCAGGUCCAAGACUAGGUCCUUGCUUGGCAUCUCCUUUCCUGGACACACUUGGCCUGAGAAGCUCAUUGCGACAGAUGUCUGGCUGGAAAACACUGCAGAUAGCCCUGUCACGACAACUCUUUUGAUGGAGCCGGUGCAUUACACCAUCAUCACCCCACUUACACCACCCGUGAAAGGCGAGAUGACGAAGUGGAGACUCACUUUUGCGGUUGAUCCCGAAGAGCUCAAGACCAAGACCGAGAAAGACCUUCUCUCUGAAGAAUACAUUUCGCACCAUUAUGAGCGCGCUUGGGCUGGACCACGACCCUUGACAUACAAGAUCGAUAGAGCAGCGACGUACACCAUCCAUCAACGCCUGGCCUCCAACCUGAGGCGAGGGAGGUGUCUUCUUGCUGGCGACGCCGCACACGUGAAUAAUGUAAUUGGUGGAUUGGGUCUGAGCAACUGUCUCAUGGAAUCUGUUGCUCUCAGCGACGCCCUUAUCUUGAUCCUCAAGGAGGGAAAGCCUGUCGACCCUGUACUGACUAUGUACUCGGAUGAGCGACGUCAAGUCUUCCAAUUCUUCAUUGAUCCUGUAUCUUCCUGGAGCAAGCUGCGAAUUCAGGCAGGCGAGCAAGACGAUUGGUUCUUCCGCUGUUUGAGUGAUACUUCAAGCCCAUCAUUUGCACGAUGGGUUGACAUGAUGGAGAAUUUCUGGCCGACAAGAAUAAGGGAGAUGGCUAAAGCAGUCUGA